UGUGGACAUUGUUUCCAUGUGGUGAAGGAAAUGAGUUAUUUAGAAAGAUAUCUUUCAUUUUGAGUGUGUUUUGUGUUUUUCUAAGCUUCAGAAAAUAAUGGUGGUUGGAGACAGAAAAGACUAUGACUUAGCUAACUUUAUAUGGGAAGAAGUUGUGAAUUACACUUAAGUAGAAAUGCUUUCUACUCGUGUUAAUGUUUGCAGAUAGAGUGACUGGUGGAAAAUGCAUUUUAGGAAUAAAGUGUGCACAAAAUGUUAUUAAGUGUAGUUCAUGGGAGAUCUGAAACCAAGAAAUAUGCAGAGUUGAGCUGGUUGCUGUGAUACAAGAGCUGUCUGGUGAGGGGAGAGAGCCUGCCUGGACUGGGGAGUGUGAUUUCAUACCUGUUCCGGUAAUCCAGAGAUGCCUUCGCGAAAAUUGCUCUUACAAAUGCUAUGCAGAUAGUCAGUAGCAUUGUCUGAUAGGAUUUUCUUUACUCCACUUAAAUUCCUGUUCUGAGCAAUGGGAGGUGUUGCCUUGAGAAAGUGCCUUAGUCAGCACUUCUGUUGAUAUGAUGUAACAACAUGGCCAAAGGCAACUUGAGAAGAGGUUUGUGGCUCGUAUUCUUCCUUAUUGCAGUUCAUCAUCUUCAUCAUGAGGGCCGGAAUCUGGAACUGGAAGCUGAUGCAGAGGCCAUGGAGGGCGCUGCUUAGUUGUUUGUUCCUCCUGGCUCACUCAGCCUGCUCUCUCAAAAGCACCCAGGAUCCAGAGAUGGCACUACCAACAACAGGCUAGGUCCUCCCAACAAGGGUCCCUAAGAAAAUGCCCCCCCCCCCGGAUUGCCUAGGGCAAGAUAAAGAGGUUUCCUCCUCAGGUGACUCGACCCUUGUUAACUUGAUAUAACACAAACCAGCACAGAAGGCUUCUCUAAAGAGUAUUUUUAAAGCAAGCAGUCCUAGCAGACCUACCUGUUGCUAAAUCUGCUCGGGGACGGACACGGGUGCUCUCCUUAAGUCGUUGUCUUUAGGGAGCAGUAGCACGGUAAAGCACAGCUUCUGCAUAUAGCUUUUUCUCCCUUAGCUCACUUCAAUUGGCUUAGUAUGUAUAAUCAAAGCACCUAUUGAUUUUAGAUCUCUCCCAAGGUUAGGAUUGGAGAUGUUGCCCAGAUGGUAAUUUUGAGGCCGGAGCCUCUUGUUCUUAUAAAGUGUACGUCUUUGUGUCUGGCUGUGCCUCGGACUGGUCUCAGUCUGUCUGGGGGGAAUCAGGAUCUUGGUACUCAGGUGGGCAAGGAGUUGGAGAAAAAUGACAGACACUGACACAGAGAGAGUGCUGUAUCUGAAUGUAAUUUCUCAAAGCGAGCAUCAGACUUAUAUUACAGAAGAAAAAAAAGAAGUUAGGUGACACAUGAGCCAAGGUACAUUGAAGUUAUCUGACACAAAACAGAGAAAUGCAUACAUAAAGAUUGACAGGAACCAGGCAGUGUUUACAACUGAGUUAAAAGGCAGGCCUUUCUAAAGUCAGCCCUUAAGGAGCCAGGUGAGGAUUUCACACCCUAGUCACAGUUUAUGCUAUUCCUCUGAGCCUUGUGAGAGCUUGUGCCAGGGGGUUCUGCUCUUGCUGGCCUUUUCAUGAAUAAUGCAAUACUGUAGUUCCUCCUUAAACCACAACCCUCCUCCUCCCUAGGCCAUUGUAAAUACCUAUGCAUAUGGGAGUGACUUGGCUGCUCUUGUGUCUGUAGGGAAUCUCCAUUUGUCAGAGGAGUUCACCAACUAUCUUCUAAUAUGUUAUGUACUCUGCUACACCUGGCUGUAAUGAGGAUUUUAAGUUAACUAUUUUGAACUAGCCCUGAGAUUUUUUUAGCUGUUAUCCAGUAAAAUACUGCAAGAAAGCAUGCAAGACGCUCCACACUAUCACAGGGACAAAUCUGGUUAUGGGACACCAGAGACUCUUCCAGGAGACCAGUUUCCAUGAACCUUUUUGCCUCAGGAAUGCGGCCAAGCUUUUGGACUUGAAACGCAGACUUCACUGGAGUGGGUGUGGCGUGGCUGUAGAAGAAACAUCUGAAUAUUUGUUCCUUUGAGUCAGGGACCGUGCACCCCGGAAGAAGGUGUAGUGCAGUCUCUGCUUGGCUGUUGGGGAACACAGUCUGGAAGGAAGUAUUUCACAGUAAGCUGGGGUAGGCUGGGUCCGAAGGAGAACGGGUCACCUCUUGAGCCCUCUAGUGGUUUAUAGGCAGCUCUCAAGAGUGCUGUCAGGAAAGGUGUCAGCUGCCUGUUGCAGUCUUGGUAAUGGGCACUUUGGAUCCACUAGGAUAGUUCACUUAUCACUGUUAUGCCUCUGUCUUGUCAUUGAGACAGGUGUAAAAACCCCUACUUUAUGUCAUCAUUCAUGCCCUAACACGAACUGGUAUGUGUGACAGGACUGCUAUGAGUCGUGAGCAAACAUGGCUUCAAGAAGCAGAGAAGGGUGUAUGGCAUUGACAGUAUGGAGUCUGUACUUAAAAAGGUUGCUGAAUGCUUGCAGUUUAACUUUAAGGCUUAGUUCUCUGUUCAGUUUAGGUUAAAACAUUUGACGGCACAAAUAAUUGAUUAGCUAUUUAUAAUUUGGUUGAAGACAUUCUUAGACUAAUUGCUGUUUUUUUUCAGUUGCUGAAGUUUAACAGGUAAAUACCUUUACUCACAGUGUUCAAAAUACGGAGUUUUGUUGACUCCGUUGGUCUCUGGUGAAAGGAGAAAGAAUGAGGAGAGACCCUAACUCUAGUGCACACAUGGAGCGCAUGAGGGUUGGUAACGAGGUACAAAGGCUGUUCACACCCUGGAGCAGUGGUUCUCACUGCUGUUCUCACUGCUGUUCACACCCUGGAGCAGUGGUUCUCACAGCCUCCCUGAGGCUGCCGCCCCUAUUACAGCCCCCAACCAUAACAAGUUUUGUUGCUACUUCAUAACUGCAAUUUUGCUACCGUUAUGAAUUGUAAUACAAAUAAAUAUCUUUGUUUCCUGGUGGUCUUAGGUGAUCCCUGUUAAAGGGUUGGUUGUUCAAUCCCAAAGGGAUAGUGAUCCACAGGUUAAGAGACGUCCUAGAGAUGAGGGCAGUAGAGGGCCUGGGGACUGUGAAACACACAACUCCGGCUGCCCUUCCUAGUGAACUGACCAGCUUGUGAGGGUGACUUUCUCUUUUAUGGAGGGCAGCCAGAGUUUGCCCAGAGUCCUCCCUGUACCAGCUGGGUCCCCUCAUGAUAGGGAGAACAUGAUUUUGCUGUCAGGCCGUAGAAUCUUGGUUGUCUUUUCUAGAUAAGUGGCGUAGGCUGUGUUGGAAGGGAGGGUAACUCCUCAGUGCCCAGGGAGACAGAGAGAGGACAUAGUGGGAACCAGAUCUUCACCAAGGGUAUCACAAGGUCUUAUAAUUUGUUUCAAGUCCCAAAGUCUGUCUAGAAUUUGUAGAGUGGUAGAAAGAACUGACCAAAGACGGGUUUGGCUGAUACCUUUGGAGAAAAAAACUCCGUCAGUCUUAAUAACUGAAAGAUGUAUGUAUUGCAUCAUUUAUGAAAAGACCACAAAGGUAAAUAUAGUUAUUUGAAAAUAUUAAAAUUAACCUCAGGAGAGUAGUAAAAUAUUUUAUGUUUGAAAGUUUUCAGUACUAUAUUGUGUAAAUAUUCAAGUGAAGACAAACAAGCGACUCCGUUUGAGUAGCUGUCUCAGCAGAUUUCAGAGAAAAACCCUUUGUAAUUUUGAUUAUCGUGAUUAAUGAGUGGAGUUAGUACAGACUUUUAGAGAAGCGCUUCAGCAUUUCACUGUCAGUUUUCCAAAGCUAUAGUUGGGUGUUGCUGAGUUUCUGGGAUGGAUAAGCUAGGGCCCACUGAGAGAUACAGAGCUUCCCUGUGGGUGCUUGGGUAAAACGUAAGCCAGUAAAGUAACACACUUCGGAUCUUAAUCAAAGACUGGUGCUACUUGGUAGUUUCCAGUAGCUCAGAGACAGACAUUCUUCCACCAUGCUGUGUGGUCAUCUGGUUCUGAUGACGCCCACCCUAGCCACAGAACUCCCCAAGUGCGGAUGGAACUUGAACUAGGCCUUUUUUUCUUUUUUAAUACACACACAGACACACACGUGUGUGUGUGUGUAUUGUAUUUGGGCUGGAGAGGUGGCUCAGAAGUUAAAGAGCAUCCUGCUCUUUCAGAGGACCCAGGCUCAAUUCUCAGCACCCACUUGGUGACUCACUUGGCUGUAAAUCCAGUUGCAGGGAAUCCAAAACCACCUUCAGACCGUCAUGGCCACCUGGCGUGCUGGUACAGAACACCUAGACACAUAAAUUCCAAUAAAUAAAAUGUGUGAUUUAGAGGUUCUCUAGUUCAUCGCCUAGUUUACAGCAUAAUAGCUGUAUAGACAAUUUGUAGUACGACUCGGCCUGAAACUCUUUUGAAAGUUAAUCUAGAUGACACCUUGGAUUUGUUUACAUAGCGUGCUUUGGAGCUGGGGGAUCUGGCUCAGUGUUUGCUUACUCCUGUGUUAACCAUGACAAAGCUCGAUGCUGAGCUUUGAAGCUGGGUGUGCUGUGUACCGUUUCUCAGUGUCCAUUCCUGAGGGUUUAGAGUCUAUCCACAUGACUUUGGGGCUUGUGGGGACUGUUAAAGCAGAGGACAGAGAUGCUGGUCUAGAAGGGCUGUAUUUCCUUGGCUGUCUUUUUUUUUUUUUUUUUAUCUUUUUAUUGGUAAGUUGUGUGUGUGUGUGUGUGUGUGUGUGUGUGCGCGCGUGCAUGUGCUUAUGAGUGCAAGUGUCUGUAGAGGCCAGAGACACCAUCUCCCGGGAGCAUUUCUGAUUGCUUUUGAAACCAACCCUCCCAAGGGUCCCCAGAGGGAAGGCUUGGCAGCUGCAUGGGGCUCUGUCUAGUAGCGGUCAGGGAGUCUGUGGGAGGGGCCUCUCUGGAAAGGAGGAUCUGUGCUGUUCAGUGAGCUGGACUUGAAAGAGCACCUUGGCUAGUUUUGGUAGGAGCUGGCGAGGUGGGGGAGCAGUUAAGAGUGUUCACUGCUGUUGCAAAGGCCUGGGUUUAGUUCCCAGCACCCAUGUCAUGGCUCCCAGCCACUUGGCUGUAACUCCAGUUCCAGGGACUCCAACCUCAGCCUCCAUGAGCUCUGUAAUACACAUGUGGUGCACGGAAAUCCACAUGGGCUCACUUUGCUUGUCUAUUCAAAACGAAAAAAUUUAUAUUUGCUUAUUGAACUGUUGUAUCUUAAUAUUCUCUCAUAUUUUAAAGUAAAACUAUUUUAUCCUUCUUUGGUAAGCCUUUUUUGCCAUCAGCUAUUUGAGUUAGAUGUCCCUAAAGUUGAGUUGGGCUUUGCUUUGCUUUUGUCUUGUGUCUGAGACUAAAUCUAACUUAACAUCUAGGGUACAAGGGUCGGGGAUCCAUCUUUGGGAGCUUGGCCUCGGUCUGAAAGCUUGGUGGAAAGUGAGACAGGAAGGGUGACAGGCUUCCAGUGGUCACCUCAGGCGCCCUCCAAACCCAUCCAAUCCUUCUUGGCUCAGAGGUGUCAUAGCUUCUUCGCUCCCUGGAGCUCUGAGCAGGUUGGCAUUCAGCAGUUACCACACAGGCUCUUUAAGUAUCCCUUGUGUAGGAAGACACACAUUAGGGCUUCUUAAGCUCUUAGGCCCCACCUCUUACUCUUGACAGUUUCCGUCAAGUUCCUGGGCUUUUCUUAGCAGUUUGUAAGCCGGCUUUGCCUGUUGUCUUGCCCACCUUUUUGUUGGGUUUUCUUCUUGAGCUCUGCGGAUCCCUUCAUUAUAUGUUGUAGAUGUAUAAUGUACGGAUAUAGGUAGAUAUAUAAUGUAUGGAUAUAAGUCCUUUUUCAGACAUGGGUUGUAGCUGUGUUCUGUCUUGUCGUUGCCCUCUCAGCAUAUUUGGAAGAGGAAACAUUGUGAAUUUUGGUGUUUAUCAUUUUCUCACAGAUGCCCUGUAUCAGGUGAAAUUUUCUGAAGUUUAUUGAGUUUUUUGGAAACUAGAAAUAAGUUUUAGAUUUUUGUCACAUGAUAAGAUUUUCACUAUGAUUUGUUGUUUUUUUGUUUUUUUGUUGUUGUUGUUUUUGGUUUUUCGAGACAGGGUUUCUCUGUAUCGCCCUGGCUGUCCUGGAACUCACUCUGUAGACCAGGCUGGUCUCGAACGCAGAAAUCCGCCUGCCUCUGCUUCCCGAGUGCUGCGAUUAAAGGUGUGCGCCACCACACCCGGCUUUUGUUGAUUAUUUUAAAAAACCGCUAUUUCAGGGUGAAAAUGUAAACUUACACAAAAGCAGAUGAACUCUCGUGUUCCCUUCACCCAGCUGUAGGUCUCACUCACCCUCUGCUGUGUGUACUUCUGAGGGAAGGGAGAGGAGGAAGGCAGGGCCUGGGCAAGUCAGCCAUUACAAAUGUUACUGCUGAGCUACACCUUUAUAGUCACAGCCAAAUCUUGUCUUAGUCAGGGUUUCUAUUCCUGGACAAAACAUCAUGACCAAGAAGCAAGUUGGGGAGGAAAGGGUUUAUUCAGCUUACACUUCCAUACUGCUGUUGAUCACCAAAGGAAGUCAGGACUGGAACUCAAACAGGUCAGGAAGCAGGAGCUGAUGCAGAGGCCAUGGAGGGAUGCUGCUUACUGUCUUGUCUCCCCUGGCUUGCUCAGCCUGCUCUUUUAUAGAACCCAAGACUGCCAGCCCAGAGAUGGUCCCACCCACAAGGGGCCUUUCCCCCUUGAUCACUAAUUGAGAAAAUGCCUUACAGUUGGAUCUCAUGGAGGCCUUUCCCCAACUGAAGCUCCUUUCUCUGUGAUAACCCCAGCCUGUGUCAAGUUUACACAUAAAACCAGCCAGUACAACCAUUUUUACAUGUAAAUAUGUCAUUUGUCUUGGUAGAAAUAACUCAUUUGUUUAACACUUGACUUUUUGAGAAUUGAUGGUAAUUUGGACCUGGGUUUGUUCACAUUUUUUUAUUUAAACUACCCAUGGAAAAAAUGAUUAGUAACCAAAGUAAUUAGGUUAAUAAGACAGUGGGGGAGGAUGUCUUCUCACUGCGAGAAAGCAAUGGGAGACCCAUUCUCUGUGAGUCCCACUUGGCAGCUACGCUUCUCUGCCCAGCAGCAGUUAGAAAGUGUGGCCUUGGUGACUCACUUUCUAACAUACAGUUUCCAGUAUCCCUAGGGGAUUGGGUCCAUAACCCCAGUACCAAAUACUGCUUGUUUGGCAUAUGAGGGAGUCCCUUUACCAAAUGGCAUCUUUGCUUAUAGCUUAUGCAUUACUGAGUGAUCUCUAUAUGUCUUAUAUUAUCUAAUACAGAUAGUAGUUGUGUUAUUUAGGGAAUCAUAACCAAAAAGUGUGUAUGUGUUCAGUAUAGAAGCAAGCUCCUCUCCCUACAUUUAGUUAUAUACAAGGAUGACAAAUCUGUGGACAUGGAAGGUCCAUGGAGUCACAGGCUAGGGCUGGAAGAUAAGGAGUUAGAGGCCACUCUAGGGUAUACAACAGCAAGUAAGUGCUGGACCCAGGCUUUACGGUGAGAUACAUCAGUGGUAAAGGCCGGUAAGCCCAGCGACCUGAGUUAGUCUCCAGGAGAGAAUCAUGUACAUACAAAAAUCAAUGAAGAAUGUAGAAAAAGUUUUUUUUUUUUUUUAAAUCCCAGAAUUACAGGAGUCACCUGUGUGCUGUGCCACAGGGACAUUAGGUCAAUUACUCAUAAAGCCAUUCCACAGUACAACAUGUCAGUUAGGAAGUCAUUGUGUCCAUUCCACGGGGCAGUGUGUCAGUUACAAAGCCAUUCUAUAGGCCAGUGUGUCAGUUACUCAAACCCUCAAUGGCUUGGCGCUUCAGUGACUUUAGUGUGUUCUAGUAAUGCCUUGCAUACUGUUGCAGAGCACACAUUCAAACUUGGCUUCUCUGUUGCUGGUGUGUAAGGAUUAAGUCAUGUGCUUUUCAUAUUUGCCUCUUUAUACUAUUGGGCUAGUCAGUGGUAGAACACUUGCCUAGCAUUUGCAAGUGUUCUGGUUCCAUUCCCAGUGCAUGCAGUACACACACACACACACACACACACACACGCGCGCGCGCGCGCCUGGUGCACACAUUUAAUCCCUACAUAGAGGCAAAUGGAUCUCUCGAUUUUGAGGCCUGUCUGGUCUACAUAAUGAGUUUUACAACAGCGAGAGCUACAUAGUAGAAUAUCUCAAAUAUAGAUAAAAUUAAUAUUCUUCCCCCCAAAAGUGGCUUAGUUAUGUUUUUGCUCCAUCACUAGGUUGUCACUGGAAAGUUGUAAAAUGGAUCAGAUGGUAUAAGCAGUAGGUUUCCUUAGCCUGUGGCUGCUUUUGUUCCUGCCCAGAUCUGCCCUGACAAAUACGUAUUAACAUACAUGUUUUCCUGUAACAUUUUAUUUAUACAAGUUGAGCUAGAACUGUUUUGGCUUGCUGGCUGUAAAACACUUUUUUAUUUUUACCCAUAGUUGAGACCCAACACAUAGACGGCCUGUGAUAUCUUGGAUAAAUCUGCCGAGAUAGACCUUUACUUUUCUGAGCAAUCUAAAGAAGGCCAAAAUCCUUAUUUGUUUCAUAUGAUUUAGUUUAAAAUUAAACUUAGUAGUUUUAAGUCUUCACUCUCACACAAAAAGUAGCAGAAAUACAGUGAGUUUCUGACAUGAAACUCCAUUGCUAAUAUUCUUCCAAUUGGCUCUGCCUUCUACAUAAUUAUACAGAUAUAGACAACAUACAGUAUAUGUUCUAAUCUUAAUUUCCACAGUGAGCCGUUUGAGGAUAAACUGUUACAUUUAGUCCUUGUGUCCUAAGAGCAAAGGUAUUCUUUACUAGAUAUAGUCACUUCACUCUGAAAAAUUUUGCAUCUGUAGAAUUAUGUUGUGUAUGUGUAGUGCAUACUGAAAUGGCUUCAGGUCCAGUACUGCCCAUCCUCCAUGGAACUGUUGUGACUAAUUGAAAUUCACACAGUGUACAUGUCAUGUCUUUGUGUUUUCCCCAUUUCCCUCCUGUGAUGCUACAUAUAUAUAUACUUUAUUUCUCAGUGUAGUUUACCUGGUUCAUUUUAGACAAGGUUUCUAUAUAAUGUAAGCUGGCUAGAGCUUAAGUAGCCCAGUAGACCUCAGACUUGGAAUCUUGCAGCCUUUGGUUCUAGAGUGCUGAUCACAGGCUCUGCCCAGAGACACUGAGGUUUAGAAGGGUACGCUGGUUGGUUGUUUUUUUGACUUCUUUCUAGUUAAUUUUUGCUUUUUUUUUGGCAAGUCAGUGGUGUGGUAAUCUUGUGUCUCAGCACUGUUGCCCUAAGGGCAGCCUCUGUUUCUUCUGGUGGUGAAGUAAUGCCUGCCAGAUUUCAUACUGUGAAGAUGUGGGUUUCCUCUUGGAAUGAGCGAAGGAAUGAUGGUGGCAGUGGCACUGUCCUGUCCCGGGGCUGACUUCACCCUGCAGUAUAGGGUAGACUGACUGUGUCCUGCAUCCACUCCGGUGUCCUAGUCAUGGAACCAUCUGGCAAUCUGCUCUGCAGGGCCUUGGCCCCAUGUUCCGUUAUGGUGUGUUUGCUAAAAUAUGUUGAAGUCCAUUUAUUUUUAUAAUAAUUUCAUACGUGGGCUGGCGAGAUGGCUCAGUGGUUAAGAGCGCCGACUGUUCUUCCGAAGGUCCCGAGUUCAAAUCCCAGCAACCACAUGUUGGCUCACAACCAUCCAUAACGAAAUCUGAUGCCCUCUUCUGGAGUAUCUGAGGACAGCUACAGUGUACUUACAUAAAAUCAAUAAAUAAAUCUUUAAAAAAAUUUUCAUACGUAUUAGAGUUCUCUAGAAGAAUAGAACUGAGAGAAUAUAUAUGCAUAUAUGUGUGGUGUGUGUGUGGUGUGUGUGUGUGAAAUUUAUAGAGUGUGACUUAUUAGGCUGUGAUCCAGUUAUUGGAUAUUAGACAAUGGCUGUGUACCAAUGGAAGGGCUAAGAAUUUAAAAGUUGUUGCCUGGUUCCCUGUCACCCCUCUCCCACUCACCUUUCUCUUUGUAACUAGUCCUCCUCCUCCUCCUCUAUGCCUUUUGGGGCAAUAGCGAAUUGAAUUCAGGGUUGCUUAUAUGAGCAAGGGCACAGUUAUUUGCAGGACUCUGGAGCCCACACCAUGGCCUCAGCUCUGUAAAAGAAGCCUGCCCCUCCCCACGCAUCCCACCCCUCCCCACGCAUCCCACCCCCUCCCCACGCAUCCCACCCCUCCCCACGCAUCCCAUCCCCUCCCCACGCAUCCCAUCCCCUCCCCCACGCAUCCCACCCCUGUGACCUUUAACUGCAGUGCUUUCUUAGAUGGGCUGACGCUCUCUUGAGAUCGACUUUCCUACCCUAGCGACUGUUAACUACCUCUAAAAUCCUUAGGGAAGGGUGGGGCCUUGUAAGCUCCUUCCCUCCAUAACAGAACUCUGACAGGCCCAGGCCUGUGUGGAUGUAGUCGCACCUGCUGUGAGUUUGAGUGAAAUGGCCGCGUCAUGUCUGGAGGACAGCAUCCACAACACUCCUCCCCUUCAUCUAGACCAGAAAAGGCAUUGUGCCUGUGAUGGCUAUUCCUGGUUGUCAAGUUGACUACAUCUGGAGUGAACUACAAUCCAGAAAUGGAGGACACUUGAUCUUGAGGUAUAGUGGCCAUGAAAAGUUUAGGUCCAGGCAAGGCCCAUGCCUUAAAUCCCAGGAGACAGGCAAGCAGAUCUCACAAGUUCAAGGCCAGCCUGAGACAGAGUAAAUUCUAAGUAAAGAUAAGCUUAGGUCAGGUGGAGGUGUGGUGGUACACAGCUUCAGUCUGGGCCAUACAUACCUUCUCUGGAGGCCUACAUAAGGACACUGGAGAAGGGAGUUCGCUCUUCUUCAUCUGCUUGCACUUGCCAGCACACCUGCUGGAACCCACUUCCACAGAAGACCAGCGGAAAGACCCAGCCUCUUGGGACUGAGAAAUGGCUAGAUUUUUGCUUCCCAUUCACAGCUGACUUGCUGGGUUAGUUGGACUGUGGACUGUAAGUCAUCACAGUAAUUUCCCUUAAUAUGUAGACAUUCCAUACGUUGUGUGACUCUAGAGACCCCUGAGCAGUACAUCACCUGACUGGAGUUAACGGCGGCUGCCCUUCACUUGAAGAUGGUGCUGGGAACUGAGUUUGGGCCUCUAGGAGAGAAAACGUGUUCUUUACUGCUUCUCCGUUUCUCAGGCUCAGGGUCUGCAUUCUUACUACUGCUUUUUCUGGUCUUCAAAUGUAAACAAUUGCUAAUAAAGUGUUCCACACCUAAUCAUACAGUCAGCCCUGUCCGGGAAACGAAUGCAUUUUGAAUAGAGUUGCUUCUUCUCCGUUGACUCAGUUUGUGUCAUGUUGACAAAAAUCGUUGCCUUUUCUUAGGGUUUGUUUGUUUUUGUUUUUAUGUAUGUAUGUGAGUACACUGUGGCUGUCUUCAGAUACCAAAAGAGGGCAUCAGGUCCCAUUACGGAUGGUUGUGAGCUACCAUGUGGUUUCUGGGAAUUGAACUCAGGUCCUCUGGAAGAGCAGUCAGUGCUCUUAACCACUGAACCGUCUCUCCAGCCCCUUGCUUUUUUGUUUUGUUUUGUUUUUUAAGAUUUCCAUUGGCUUUUCAAUAGAAAAUUAUUUACUGAUUGUAAUGGUCAACAUUUUUUUUUUUUUUUUGGUUUUUCGAGACAGGGUUUCUCGGUGUAGCCCUGGCUGUCCUGGAACUCACUCUGUAGACCAGGCUGGCCUCGAACUCAGAAAUUCGCCUGCCUCUGCCUCCCGAGUGCUGGGAUUAAAGGCGUGCGCCACCACGCCCGGCUUGAUGAUCAACAUUAAUAAAGAGCAAUAAUGAAAACUAAAAUAUUUUAAGUUGCAUGAUUAAAGAAAAUACAAAUUGUGUGUGUGUGUCUGUCUGUGUGUUGGUAUUCUAUGCAUGUUUGUGCAUGUAUGCAAGUGUGUGGAGAUUUUCUGAGGUGAGAUUUCCCACUAAACCUGGGUCUCACUGUUGACUGGCUGGCUAGCAGCCGCCCCGCUCAGCACCGUGGUGACAGAUGACAGUGACUGCACUGGCUUUGUGCGCGUGCUCGGGAAUCUCAGCGUGGCAAGCAGCUGAGCCCUAGUCUUCUCUUCAGCCCAGAACUUCACAUUUUAGGCUUCUCUUUGUUACCAAGAAACAAAAUCUUUUUUUUUGUUGUUGUUUUGGUUUGGUUUUGAUUUUUUGAGACAGGGUUUCUCUGUAUAGCUCUGGCUGUCCUGGAACUCACUUUGUAGACCAGGCUGGCCUCGAGCUCAGAAAUUCGCCUGCCUGGGAUUAAAGGCGUGCGCUACCACGCCAGGCUCAAGAAACAAAAUUGUAAGCAUAAAAGCAUAUUGGGACAAAAUUCUGUGGUAAGAACGGAAAGUGAUCACAAAGGAAGAAGAAACUGUGUAAAAUUGCUUGCUGAGUGGAUUUCUUCCUUUUUUGAGAAGGACCAUUUAUUUAGAGGACAGGAUGCCUUUAAGUGAUCCAUGAGAGUGGGUAAUAUGAACUCAUUCCAGAUUCAAAUUAAUGAUUUGAGCACACCCACCAGAUCAACUAGGAAAGUAUUUACACACAGUGCAAUAAUAUUAAAACGAAUCGCCUCCCUGUGUGUGAUUUUAUUUUAUUUUAUUUUUUUUGCUGAGUGUAUUUCUUCUGUGUCAGUUUCUUUACACAACUGAGAAUGGGCACCUCUCACUUCUGUGCUGACAAUAGCUGCAGAUUUGACAUCUCAGGCUUUUGCACUGAGGCAGGUUUGGGCUAGCUUGGUGUUGGCUGUCUGGGUCUUUACAUAGUAUCCUGGAACUCACUAGAUAGACCAGGCUGGCCUUCAGCUCGGAGCCCCACCUACCUCCUCCGCCUCACACUGUCUGUGUUUAAAAUGAGCAUCAUCUUUUGGAUUUUUUGCUAAGAAGGACUUCUCUAUUCUGUUUCUCAGGCUCCAAUCACAUCUUCCACCAAGAAAGGGCUUCAUUUCCGUAUCAAGCCUUCUAGAAGAGUUUGUGGGUGCCCAUGUGCACAUGUGCAUUUUUAGCUGUGUACCUCAGGUAUACCUUUAUGCCUGUUUUUAAAAAUCAGUUGGUCCCUCCCUGCCACUAUAUAGUGUAGGUCCUAUUCUACUUGCUGGUUUCAUAGGAUAAAUGGAAACUUAACACAGAAGGAACAUUGAAAAUUCAAUCUCUAGAAACAGUUCCAAAAGCAGAGUUGUGGAGUGGGGAAGUCUGUUGAUGGGCUCUGUCAGACACUUUAUAGCCAAGGAAUGUCAUUGUUGGUGCCUGACAGUCUUGGCAGCUCAGUGUGGUGUUGCACACCUGUAUUCCCAAUCAGGGAGGAUCAUUGUAAGUACAAGACACAGUUGGGCCACUCUGUAAAUGAUAAACACUACUCUAAUUAAACAAUUGGUCUAGUCGAGCUAGGUAGCUUAUACGUAGCAGAGCACGAGAGAUGAGCCUAGGCCUGGUUUAGAUUUCCCACUUCUUUCUCAGUUUUUAACUUUUAUAUUUUAGAGACUACUUUUCUUAAAAAGCUGAAGAUUAGGUUGUUUUCAACUACUUUGUAUUUCUUUUGUGUGUAGGGAGGUGGGAGUCAGCAGGGGGUGGGUGCUGUUUGUAACUUUGUGUUUUUAUACAGAGAAGUGUUCCAUUGUGAACAGAAAGUCUCUUCAUGAUCCAGGAUUAGAAGGAUGUAUGUGCUUAAUUUAACUUACAGUGGGCAGCAGUUUUCAGUGGGCUUAGAACUAGGAAUGGCUAGGUUCCCAUCGAGAUUCCACUCUAUGGUUAGAACACAUUUAGCCCCGGUUGGCCUCAACCUCAUAACCCUCCUGCCUCGGCCUCAACCUCAUAACCCUCCUGCCUCAGCCUCCCAAGUGCUGGGACCCCCAGGGCAGUCUGUACAUAGUUAAGUUUGAGAUCAGCUGGCUUACAUGGCGAGAUGGUCUCAAAAAAGAGAAAGGAAAGAAAGAGGCUCUGGUUAACAGACAGUAGCCCAGCGCUGCCCUUGCCUGGUAAUCUAUUCCUUUAACUAAUAUAGUCCAUUUUUAGGUGGAGUGAUGGUUGCUUGUUGGACUUAGGGCUGGUAUUUUUCUGUUUGUUUUAUUACUUUUUGCUUACUCCUUUCCUAAGUUCCUUUCAUAUUAAGUAUUUUCUGAUAAAUCCAUUUUUAUUCCUGUGUUUUUCUCUGGUUAUACCUUUUUGUAUGUUUCAAAGAUUAUUCCCAGAAUUGUAAUUUUCUUCUUUAAUUUGUGUUAUCUUCAAUUGAGAGGUAAGGUACUAGGCUGAGUAUAGCUUAGUGCUUGCCUCCUGGGAUUGAGGCCUGGAACUUCCAGCACUUUAAACAAAACGGUCAGAGAGGGCUUCUGGGUAAGACACUUCCUGACACCCCGAGUCCCAGUCAGAACCCACGUGGUGGAAGGAGAGAACUGACUUGUAUCACAUGUGCUGUGACACCUGCAUAUAUACCCACAGGCACAUGCCCCUGUACAUGCUAUGAUAGAAACUUAGUGUGCUACUUCAAUAAGCUGUAAAAACCUUGUAGUAAACCUAACCUUUGCAUUUACAUAACACCUUGAUGCUGGGGCGGGAGGUUGUUAUUGUUUUUUUUUGUUUGUUUUGUUUUUUUUAAGACAAGGUUUCUCUGUGUAGCCCUGGCUGUCCUGAAACUUACUCUGUAGAUCAGGCUGGCCUUGAACUCAGAAAUUUGCCUACCUCUGCCUCCCAAGUGCUGGGAUUAAAGACAUGUGCCACCUCUGCCCUGCAAUGUUGUUUUAUUUAAAGAUACCAGUACUGUGUAUAUAUGGUGUGUGUGUCUGUGUGAGUGUGUAUAUAUAUACACACAUAUGUACAGACUUUUUUUUCAGCAGCAGUGAUAGGUUUUAAACAAUUUUAGUGACAUUUUCGUAUGUGUCUAUUACAUAUGACAUAGAUAUAUGCAUACAUAUAUCAUAUGUUCUCUGCUUGUAUUAUGGGUUUGGUUUUUUUUUUUUUUUUUUUUUUUGAGACAAGGUUUCUCUGUAUAGUUCUGCCAUGUUGUAGAGCAGACUAGCCUUGACUGAGUUUCUCAUUAUAACCUGUGGCAAGAGCAUUUGCAGUGUGGGCAGGGUAAGAUUUAAGUCAGUUUUAAGUCAUCUGUAGUCAAAGCUUUAUGGUCUUCAUUAAGAUGAAAUCUAUAGUCAAGAAUGGAUGAAAAAGUAGGUGUGGUAACAUGCUUACAAUUCCAGUAUUUAGAAUGCUGAGGCAGGAGGACUGUGGGUUAGGCCAGCUGGGGCACAGAGUGAGAUCCUGUUUGAAAAGUUGAGUGUGGGGUUGGGGUGGGGACCUUUAAAUAGACUAGGGAAGAUAACUCAGGCCAGAGUGACACCCUUCCUGGGGCCACAAUAGUAGAUGUAGAAGUGAGCCUUCCAUCAGUGUCUGUGCCAGAGGGGAGGGAGCACCCUUUUUAUGGACAUGUGGCCCCCCGUGACUGAUAGAAGGAUGAUAAAAGAUAGGAGCAGAUAUGGCUCUGUAAUCCUCUAAGGGUGUGCCUUUCAGAUGUGGCUGUUUGAUGUAUGUCUACAUUUAAAUUAACAAGGAUAUUUAUCAAAAUAGAUGUCUAUAGGCCUCAUUCUAGACUUGCAUAAUCAAUAUCUGAGUAUAUGAUCUAGGAAUGUGCAUUUUAGAUAAUUCUCCAUGCUGGUCUUAAGCGCAGUGACGUUUAACAAUAGCUGCUACCAGAGUCUUCCCUGCUUUUCCCACCUUUUAUGAACCAGAAUCAUGUUUAUCUGUGAACCCAUGUGAGACUCUGAUGAAACAGUUUGGUCAUAGUCAUAGAAUUCUAGAGCCUGCAUAAGGUGCCUGACAAGACCAUGCCAGCUCAGCAGCCUGACAGUAUGAAGGGGAAGACUGACGGCAAAUAAGUGUCCAGUGGCUUCUACAGUUCUUUAGUUCACGAUGAAUAAGUUGAUGUGGAUGACUACAGCUCAGAGUCUGAUGUGAUUAUUAUACCUUCAGCCCUGGACUUCGUCUCACAAGAUGAAAUGUUGACACCCUUGGGGAGGCUGGACAAGUAUGCUGCAAGUGAGAACGUAUUUAACAGACAAAUGGUGGCCCGGAGUUUGCUGGAUACUCUGAGGGAAGUCUGCGAUGAUGAGAGAGACUGCAUUGCUGUCUUGGAAAGAAUUAGCCGAUUAGCUGAUGACUCCGAACCAACUGUGAGAGCGGAGCUGAUGGAACAAGUGCCGCACAUUGCACUGUUUUGUCAAGAGAACCGGCCUUCUAUACCGUAUGCUUUUUCCAAGUACUUACUACCAAUUGUGGUCAGAUACCUCGCAGACCAGAAUAACCAGGUGAGGAAAACCAGUCAGGCAGCUUUGCUGGCUCUGCUGGAGCAGGAACUGAUUGAGCGAUUUGACGUGGAGACCAAGGUGUGCCCUGUCCUCAUAGACCUGACUGCCCCAGACAGCAAUGAUGAUGUGAAGACAGAAGCUGUGGCUAUAAUGUGCAAGAUGGCCCCCAUGGUUGGGAAGGACAUUACGGAGCGCCUCAUCCUCCCCAGGUUCUGCGAGAUGUGCUGUGACUGUCGAAUGUUUCAUGUCCGGAAGGUCUGCGCUGCCAAUUUUGGAGAUAUUUGCAGUGUAGUUGGCCAACAAGCAACAGAAGAAAUGUUGCUGCCCAGGUUCUUCCAGCUGUGCUCUGAUAACGUGUGGGGCGUCCGAAAGGCCUGUGCUGAGUGCUUCAUGGCUGUCUCCUGUGCAACAUGUCAAGAAAUCCGACGGACAAAGUUAUCAGCACUAUUUAUUAACUUGAUCAGUGAUCCUUCACGUUGGGUUCGCCAAGCAGCCUUUCAGUCUCUGGGGCCUUUCAUAUCCACGUUUGCUAAUCCAUCAAGCUCGGGCCAGUGCUUUAAAGAUGAGAGCAAGAACUCAGAAGACUCCUCGGCAGAAGACAAAGACAGGAUGAGAGACAAUGAUGUCGUAGAAGAAGAGCAUCGCAGGCCAGAGGACGCUCCUUCAGACCUCAGUGCCCCUCACUCCAGCGCCAGGCUGGAGAGCCUCGAAGGCUGUGCUGCCAAGACACCUGGGCACUCUGCAGGUGACGUGCCUGCUCCAGUGGACAGCUCCUUACUCUGUACUUUGUCCUCAGAGUCUCCUCAGGAAGCAGCUAGCAAUGAUGAGAAUGGUAGAAAGCCUGACACCAACAGCAAGUCUGCGUCCCGGCCAGACGCUGGCACCAGCUCCCCAGAGGCCACUCCCUUAGACCAGGACAUGUUCAACUCCUUCCAUUUCUGGAGGACUCCUCUACCUAAAAUAGAUCUUGAUAAAGAGCUCCAGCAGGACCCCGAGGAGAGACUCAGCCCAGAGAGAACAGGAGAUGUACCUGCAGCCCCUCUACCAGGCCCUCCCAAUAUCACCAUGGCUACCCGGAAGGAACUAGAAGAAAUGAUAGAAAACCUUGAGCCACACAUGGAUGACCCGGAUGUGAAAGCACAGGUGGACGUGCUGUCGGCUGCCCUGCGAGCUUCCAGCCUGGAUGCUCACGAAGAGACUGGUGGUGUAGAGCAGCGGAGUGAGCUACAAGAUGAAGUGUGUGUCAGUGAGCUUCCAGACUGUAACAUAAGUCACGACACUUGUGUGCCUUUGAUCAGCGCUGCUGAGGAGAAUGCGGAGGCCACUCCUGAUUAUGUCCAUGGAGGUGCAGACGUAAGCCCUGGUGAUGGCUUCAGCCCGGAUGAAGAUAGGAGACCCAAAGUCCAGGAUGUUGUACCACAAGCGUUACUGGAUCAGUACUUGUCAAUGACCGACCCUUCUCGAGCACAGACAGUUGACACUGAGAUCGCUAAGCACUGUGCAUACAGUCUGCCGGGUGUGGCCCUGACUCUUGGCAGACAGAACUGGCACUGCUUGAGGGAGACUUACGAGACCCUAGCGUCGGACAUGCAGUGGAAAGUUCGAAGGACUCUAGCCUUCUCCAUCCAUGAGCUUGCAGUGAUCCUUGGGGACCAGCUGACAGCUGCAGACCUGGUUCCAAUCUUCAAUGGAUUUUUAAAAGACCUCGAUGAAGUCAGGAUAGGUGUUCUUAAACACUUGCAUGACUUUCUGAAGCUUCUUCACAUUGAUAAAAGAAGAGAGUACCUUUAUCAGCUCCAGGAGUUUUUGGUGACAGACAACAGUAGAAAUUGGCGCUUUCGAGCUGAACUGGCAGAACAGCUGAUUUUACUUCUGGAGUUAUACAGUCCCAGAGAUGUUUAUGAUUACCUACGACCCAUCGCUCUGAAUCUGUGUGCAGACAAAGUUUCUUCAGUCCGCUGGAUUUCCUACAAGUUGGUCAGUGAAAUGGUGAAGAAACUCCACACAGCAACACCACCAACCUUCGGAGUAGAUCUCAUCAAUGAGCUGGUAGAGAAUUUUGGCAGGUGUCCAAAAUGGUCUGGUCGGCAAGCCUUUGUCUUUGUCUGCCAGACUGUCAUUGAAGACGACUGCCUCCCCAUGGACCAGUUUGCUGUGCACUUGAUGCCACAUUUGCUGACCUUGGCAAAUGACAGGGUUCCCAAUGUUAGAGUGCUGCUUGCGAAAACCCUGCGACAGACUCUGCUGGAGAAAGAGUACUUCUUAGCCUCUGCCAGCUGUCACCAGGAGGCCGUGGAGCAGACAAUCAUGGCCCUGCAGAUGGACCGAGACAGUGAUGUCAAGUACUUUGCAAGCAUUCACCCCUCCAGUACCAAACUCUCUGAAGAUGCAAUGAGCACAGCUUCCUCCACCUACUGACCCACGGUGUCCAUCCUGCAUCCGCAAGAGCCUGGCCUCGACUGCCUGCACCACUCGGGACAGCUGUGGUGGGGGCCUUCCUCCUGCCAACUCAUUCGCAGGUGCAGGUUGCCUACUCCCAAUACCAGUGGUUUUAAGAGUCAAGAGAAAGUACAGUAAACACUAUUAUCUUAUCUUGACUUAAGGGAAAGUAAAUCUCAGAGGAUUAUAAUUGUCACCAAAGCCUUAACUCGUUCCUUCAUCUUCCUGACUGAUGGCUUGAAUUGGCAGAGCAUUUUCCCUUCGGGAAGGAUGAGGUUCCCAGAGACCUGCGUUGCUUUCUUCUGGUUUUAUUUAACGGCUGAUAAAUGACAUUCUUACGGCCAGAAGGUGGAUGUGCACCGGACAGGAAAGGCCUUCAGUAUUAGCCUAAGCAUUUCUUCUAGGUGCUGAGCCUGUUCAGCUCCUUGGCUGCCCUGCCCAGCCCAGCCCUAAGUGUGAAUAGUUCUUGGCGUGUAUAAAUGACAAAGGAGUUUUUCCUCUCCUAAGGGCUUGAUGUUAACACUAAAUAGAAUCUGAUUUUGACUCCUAAUGCAGCACAUUGCUGUACACAUUUACAGAAUGUUUGCAGAAUCUCUCCUGAUAUUUUUCAUGCUGGUCAUGACCUGAAGGAAAUUUCUUAGCACGAAUAUUGUGUCAGGUAUUUUUAACUUGAUCAUGGUCAGCUCUGAGGUGCAACUGUGUCUUCCCGUGCUGCACCCCUGUGACCACUCUGGGGUGUGCAGCCUGAAUCAUGCUGUUAGAACUGUUGUGGUACAAGCUCCAAAUAAAAUUUAUUAAUAGGAUCUAUAAAGAGAGACACCACCCACUUUGUUUCCUAAAUGUCUACAAAUAAAUGCAGUAUGUGGCCUGUAUUACUUAGCA